AUGAUUUACACUGGACAAGAACUGUUUUUAAAGCAAUUAAAUGAGCCAGCGAUAUCAGAUUUGAUCACUAGUAGUAAUAUUCAAAGGUGUAAGCCUAUGGUUAAUUUUAAAGAUCUGGAAUCAUUUAUUGGAUUAAAUGAAAGUUUACAAGAUAGAUGUGAUCCAAUUUCUGUUUUCUAUGAGCCCUACUCUGAAAAACAUUUAUCCUUUUCAUUCCCAAUCCCUUAUUGUUCUAUUCAAGACUCUAUCAAAGUUAAGAAAAUCACUAAUGUAAAUGUAUCUACCAUUAAUUUGAAUGCAAGUAAUGAAACAACAAACGAUCCUAAGAAAACAAGAAAGAAUUUAAAUAUGAAAAAUCCAUUGCCACCCAACUCCAAUUCCAUCACUUUCACGACACGUGUGUUAUCCAGAAAUCUCCUUCCCCAAACUCAGUAA